UCUUGAACAUUAUAAUAUUGGUGUGGCAUCAAUGUGGAGCUUAUCAAUCGUACUUCCCUACCCGCGUGGGCGUGACCUGUGUGAGCAGCAAUUUCUUAUCAUUUAAUAUAAAUAAGCCCAUCCGCCGUUAUUUGUCAUUUGGUCCGGACAUUUACAUUGCCAGCGUAAUAGAAUAGCAAUCAUGUUGCGGUACACGUUGGUGGUACUUUUUUACACAAUAACGUAUUGCAUGGCGAAGGAAAAUACAAUCGAGACGGAUACAGCGAUCAACGGAUUGGCAGGAAUAGCUUCAGGCAGGUUAGUGCCAAGCGCGUAUGGAAAUUUGAACCCGGCGCAGCAAAUUAUUUACAUUUACGGGCCGCAUUCAUGGAAAACGCAAGACGGUAACAAUCUCGUGGAAAAAGCAGGGAGCGAUUACCUCAUUACACCUGGCAUGGGCGCUCAUAAACUUCAUGCUCGCAAGGUGCCGUGGAACAAGGCUCGUAAAAUUUGUAUUCAAGAAGGGGGUCAUUUGGCUAUCAUUAACUCCAAUUCGGAGGAGAAAAUGCUGUUGCACAUCUUGGAGGAGAACAAAAUAGCUCUGGCAUGGCUCGGCGUACACGAUCUCUAUGAAGAGGGCGAUUGGAACACGAUCACGGACGAACCUCUGGAAGCUACGGGCUACUCAAAGUGGACUUUGAAAAUUGCCAACGAGCCUGACAACUACAACGGGAAACAGCAUUGCGGAGGCCUUCUGAAAGAUGGUGGAAUGGACGAUCUCGAGUGCAGUUCGGCAGUAGCCUUCUUUUGCGAAAUUGCCGCCUGAAUUAGCGAAUCCCCAUAAAUCACGCGAACGCGAGAUCAUAAUCAGAUGUUGUAACGGUAUGCGAUUUAUCAAAGGUUAUAAUUAAAUACUCAUCUGAGAUGUGCUAUUAAGAUCGAAUUAACAACGUCGGCAACAAUGCAAGCAUGUUUUCAAGACUAAUGGUGUCUACAGAUUAAUAUCGCAAUAAAGAUGCGAUUGCAGGUCAUAAGCUCUAUUUUUAUACUAACGAUUAUCUCUAUGGAUGCUGAAUGGUGCCGUGGAACAUGCGCAAAAUAUAUUAAGAAAUGAUAUAAGACUAUUAUCUUCUUACAAAAUACAAGAAUGUUGAUUCUUCAGAAA